AUACAGUAGGAUAGAUAGAAAUGGCCGAUUCGAUUCACAUGAUGCCAUCCAUCCAUCCAGAAAGAGGCCACGCACCACAACAGACACAAGCGACGUCUAAGCCAAAGCUGACCCCGCGGCCAGCCCGGAGGUGGAUGUCCAGUCGUGCACUCAACCAACGACCAAGCCCUUCAGUCAGAAAUCCAGGCCUGCAGACACAGGGCCAGCCUUGGAAAUAAAGGGCCAUCCAGAACAGCCCAUUGACACACAUGGACGUCGUCCAUCCCGUGGGACGCCGUCCGUCGGCAGGUCAAGUCACCGCGCCAUGACAUUGGGCAGCACCAUGUGAUAGAUCUUCCAGUCCUCAUCGAUUUCUGUGCAGAACACCACCCGCUCGAUGGCAGCCCCGGCCGGCCCACUCAGCCACUCACUAACCGCCCCCACAGCCACCUCAGCCGCAUAGUACUGAGGAUAGUGAUUGAAGCCAGUUCCCACACACGAGAAGGCGAUGCUGGUAAGCCCGUUGCGGCUCGCCACCUCCAGGGCGUUCGUGUAGCACUGCUUAAGCACCUGCUCAUCCUCUCCGUAAGGCCCAUGCGUCACGAUCACGUGUCUGCAGGCGAGAUCGAACCCUUCCACCAACUUGGCCUCGCCCGGCUUGAUCGGCCCCGCCGUCCUGCACGCCUCCGCCAGCUUCGGCCCGCCGUAAGCGAACAGUGCGCCCGGCCGCCCGACACCCAUGUGAAAAGACAGAGAUCGGUCCAGCUCUUGCACAAUGGCGUCGACACGCAGCUUGAGGAUGUCGCCGUGAUGGAGCACCACUCUGCUGAGCUGCCCUAUGGGGCUGAACACGGGCAACCGAUAGCAGUCCAGGCCUGGCGUGGCCAUUCCUGCUGCCUUUGGCUUGCGGAAUGAGGGGCUGGGGAGGGAUUCGGGGCGCGGGGAGGUGGCGGGAAAGCUGCUGUUGGCCGACAUGGUCGAGUCGUACCUGAAUGGAAUGGAACGGAUGGAUGAGUACACAACACAACACACAGUAGACCGUUACAGACAGCGCAGGGAGGCGUGACUGCUUCUUGCUUACAGAGGCUUGUUGACUGAGUAUUUGCUGCCAAACCCACGGCCGAAUACGCAGAUGACGGGCGGCACGCUUCUUGCAUCACAGUGGCCAAGGCUCGAUGCGGCAGUCACAAGGGCGUCAGCGCCUUGCGAAGGAAGCCCUGGCCGUACUCGCACCUUGCGGAAAAGCAUCAUCUUCUAUGACCGAUAACAGGGCAGCACCAGAGAGAUCUGCA